UUACUAACCUCAAUUUCAAGUAUUAAUUUCAUCUUUAAAAUACAAACAAAAUAUAGGCAAAAUAAUAAAUCUAAUUAAUAUGGGUGUAACGAUUUUAACGCAAUUCGCGUUAGAAAACAAAACCGGCCCACAAACGGUAGAGGUGUUAUCAAAAAGGAUAUGUGCUUUGGGGGCCGUACAGCAGGGUCACUUUUUAGUUGACUGUGAAACGUAUACGUCUGUUCCGCAAUUGGGGCACCAAAGGACUGUUCACGUGCUACAUAAUUCAGAACAACCUGCUACCGUUUUCUCUUUGUUAGAUAAUGGCACGAAAAUCACUGCUUUAGCAACCGAUGGAUUGUUCGAUUUGCUUAUGAUGAAAAUGUCUCAAUUUUAUACUUCCAAAAAGCAAACUAAAGCCGAAUCGAAAGGACUCAGGUACGAAAUUGGUGAUUUUUAUGUUAAACUGGGAACCGUAACUGUGAGCAGUAACUACAAAGGAAUUUUAGUGGAAGUGGAAUACAGGCCUUGUGUGGUGCCCGCUAUGUGUUGGGACUUAUUGAAGGAGUUUUUACAAGGAUUUUUAGGCUUAACAGCCCCCACAAACCCUCCUACAUACUUACAAAAUAGAAUGCAAGAGGUUUAUACGCCUAUAGAUACAAUUCACCAGUAUUUGGAGCAUUUCACUAUGUUCCGAAAAUCUCCUGGUAUUUACAGAAAUUAACAAACUCGUUAGUAUUAUAAGUU